AUGCGGAUUUGGGGGAGGGCAAUGGGAGGGAGGCUCGGCUUGACAGGUCCUGACAGGGAAGAAAUGGCAGGUCCUGGCAGGGGAGACCUGUGGUGGCGGCAGCUCGUUAGAAGUGGCUCCAGCGGGAUGGAGUCUGGAGUCACUGAGGCCGAGGCCAGCAAGGCUGAGGGCUCCUCGGGUGAGGGCUCGGCAAGCGGGGGCCCGGCUCCGGGACCCGCAGACUCAGCGCCCUUAGGAGCCGCCAGGUGGAAGCUCCUGCGGCAGGUUCUGAAGCAAAAACACCUGGACAAUUGUCUACGGCAUGUAUCUGUAAGAAGAUUUGAAUCAUUUAAUCUGUUUUCAGUAGCAGAAGCCCAAAAAAGUGAAACUGAAGAGGAAGUUGGUGCAUGGGUCCAAUAUACAAGUGUCUUCUACCCUGAGUACAGUAUUUCCUUAAGUCACAAUAGUGGAUCCUUGAAUAUUGAAGAUGUUCUUACCAGCUUUGACAAUACAGGAAAUGUUUGCAUCUGGCCGGCUGAAGAGGUUUUGGCUUACUACUGCCUCAAGCACAGUGAUGUAUUCAGGGACCUUGCUGUGUGUGAGCUAGGGGGUGGCAUGACAUGCUUGGCUGGGCUCAUGGUUGCUAUUUCUGCAGAUGUCAAAGAAGUUCUGUUAACUGAUGGGAAUGAAAAGGCCAUCAGAAAUGUUAAGGAGAUCAUCACGAGGAAUCAGAAGGCUGGGGUGUUUAAGACUCGGAAAAUAUCAAGCUGCGUUUUACGAUGGGAUAAUGAGACAGAUGUCUCUCAACUGGAAGGACAUUUUGACAUAGUUAUGUGUGCUGACUGCCUAUUUCUGGACCAGUACAGAGCCAGCCUUGUUGAUGCAAUAAAGAGAUUACUCCAGCCCAGGGGGAAAGCAAUGGUGUUUGCCCCACGCCGAGGAAAUACUUUAAACCAGUUUUGCAAUCUAGCUGAAAAAGCUGGUUUCUCUAUCCAUAGACAUGAAAAUUAUGACGAACACAUUUCAAACUUCCACUCCAAGUUGAAAAAGGAAAAACAGGGUAUAUAUGAAGAAAACCUUCAUUACCCACUUCUGCUUAUUUUAACCAAAAGUGGAUAGAAGAUUAAGCUGCUCAAAAGAUGAAGAAAACGUCAAGUACCCAGGGAAUAUUUUACAAAAACAGAAACCUGUCAUGGGGAGAAUAUGCAGCAAGCCCUUGGCUCCCUGAGGCUGGCCAGCGCCCAGGACUUGCAUCCCCACCACCUUUGCGACAUUCCACAUGCAGAUUAUGGAAUCCACCUGUCCUCACCCACAUUAUUCCCCAGCCAUCCUGGAUGCCUCUUUUUUCAGGCUGCUUGUUGCUCUUCCCGCACCAAACCUUUGUUUGUCUUUAAAUGUGUAUAAACCACUUAUCUGAGAUUUGAGUUGGACUGGUGAGCACGCUAAAUGUUUUUACAGCUAACUGAGACAGAAUUCCUUUUGGCGAUUCCCCCCCCCC